AGAGUUCGUAUAACAGGAGGAGAGUUGCAGAGCUUCUCAUGCUUCACUUCUCAACACCCUAAACAUUUCCCACAAAUUUCAGAUAUUCUCGUGAGCUAAACCCUAAAUGUGGCUUCACUGAAACCACAACUAGCUCAGAUUCUUCUCCAAUUCUGUCUAUCUUGUGGUUCUUGCGUGACAGUUACACAAUAAAUGGAUAGAGAAUCUUCUUCAGACGAAGAAGAGGAUCGACAAAACCUGAUCGAUCCAAACGAAACGAAGCCGAGCAGAUCAAGCUUCGAGAUUGAGGAAUUCAAGAAUAAGAUCUCUCGUCGUUUUAAAAACCUUACUUUCAGUAAAAGGUACCUGCUUUGGAUCUGCCUCCCACUGUUUCUAGUUUUCUUUCUCUUCUCCGUCGAUGUUAGAAGCUUGUUUAGUCGCGUUACGACUGUGAGAGUCGAUUCUACGAGUAGUAGGAUGAGAGAAGCAGAAUUGCAAGCUUUGUAUUUGUUGAGGAAGCAACAAUUGGGGCUUCUUAAUAUGUGGAACCUUACAUCUAAUAAUUCGGUUGUUUAUUCAGAGAAUAAAUCGAACUCUACUUUGGGGUCUGGUUCGAAUUCAACUUCGAACUCAGGAUUGGAAAGGGAGGAUCUUUUGCGGUCAUCAUUGCUGUUUGAUGAUUUCAGAUCUGCAGUGCUUAAGCAGAUUACGUUAAAUAAUGAAAUUCAGCAAGCUUUGUUGUCACCUCACCGUAGUGGGAACUUUUCGGCAUUGGUUGAUGAUAAUGUAAAUCCUGUGUUCGGCGAUUUUCGAUUUGAUAGGUGCCGAACUGUUGACCAAAGAUCAGAGAGGAGGACAAUUGAGUGGAAACCUAAAUCUAAUAAGUAUUUGUUUGCUAUCUGUGUCUCUGGCCAGAUGUCUAACCAUUUGAUUUGUCUAGAAAAACAUAUGUUCUUUGCAGCUUUUCUUGGUCGUACUUUAGUCAUCCCAAGCCCCAAAGUCGAUUACCAGUACAGCCGGGUUAUUGAUAUUGAUCACGUAAAUAAAUGUCUCGGGAGAAAGGUUGUCGUCUCCUUUGAAGAGUUUUCUGAAGCAAAAAAGAAUCACUUGCACAUAGAUAGGUUUGUCUGUUAUGUCUCAUUGCCUCAGCCUUGUUAUGUGGAUGAAGAACAUAUUAAGAAGCUAAAAAAUCUAGGACUCUCUAUGGGUAAGCUGGAGGCUGCCUGGGUUGAGAAUGUCAAGGAGCCAAAAGAAAGAACGGUGGAAGAUGUUAAGGCAAAGUUUUCUUCUAAUGAUGAUGUUCUUGCAAUAGGGGAUGUGUUUUAUUCCAGGGUGGAGCAAGAUUGGUUUAUGCAGCCAGGUGGUCCGCUUGCUCACAACUGCAAGAGUCUAAUUGAGCCAAAUCGACUUAUUAAGCUUACAGCCCAGCGGUUUAUUCAAACUUUCUUGGGAAAGAACUUCAUAGCCCUUCAUUUCCGUCGACAUGGAUAUCUGAAAUUCUGUAAUGCUAAGCAGACAAGUUGCUUUUUCCCAAUUCCUCAAGCAGCAGAUUGCAUUACUCGAGUGUUGGAAAGGGCCAAUGCACCAGUAAUCUAUCUGUCCACAGAUGCAGCUGAAAGUGAAACUGAUCUACUGCAAUCACUUGUCAUGCUGAAUGGUAAAGUUGUACCACUAGUCAAACGGCCAUCUCGCAAUUCUGCUGAGAAAUGGGAUUCCUUGCUCUAUAGACAUGGCCUCGAAGGCGAUUCCCAGGUUGAAGCAAUGCUGGAUAAGACCAUCUGUGCUUUGUCAAGUGUGUUCAUCGGAUCGUCAGGAUCAACAUUCACAGAAGACAUACUCCGGCUUCGAAAAGAUUGGGGAUCAGCUUCUGUCUGUGAUGAGUACCUCUGUCAGGGUGAGCAGCCCAACUUCAUAGCAGAAAAUGAAUGAACCCCUGGACUACCAAUAGUUGCUGAUGAGGCUGCUAUUGAAUUUUGCGGCUUCUUCAUAUCUGUGCUAUUCAAUGAUGACCCACAGCUUUGUUGCUUGUUUUUAUCCUGAUAUUAGUUUGACAUGUAUUUAGUGUAUAAUAGUAUUUGUGUCAAGUAAAAUUUCUAUUUUGUA